UGCUUUUUAGUUUAUACGAAUGCGAUGCAGAUGAUAGUAGUUUCUAAAAAUGUUUAAAAAGGAAAACAAUUUUCCCCUUCGCUACACUUUCUUUCUUUGCUAUUUAUCUUCUCUUCCAAAACUUUGUACUAGAUUUGUAUAGCAUUUGUCUUGAACAUUUUUAAUCUCUUGUACUAAGUUUCUCUCUCUAAAACACCUUCAAAAUGGGCAACUUCAUCUCCAUACAGAUGGCCUUGGAUUGCUCGAUUGGGCGUUUGUGGUCUUGUUGUGCAACACAAGCAACCUAUGUGUGCCAUCUUCAAGACAACCUUGACGAACUGAAAGAAAAAGUAGCCUAUUUAAGGGCGCUUAAAAAUGAUGUGAUGGAUAUGCUUGAACUUGAGGAAAGAGGGCAAAGGAAGCGACUCAAUUUUGUUCAAGCGUGGCUAUCAAGGGUAGAGGAUACAGUACAAGAAGCCCAUGUGCUUAUAGAAUAUGGUGAAAGAGAAAUUCAGAGAGGCUGUUGCUCCAGGAACUUCAAAUACAGGUAUAGAUACGGGAAAAGAAUUGCCUACACACUCAAAGAUGUUGCUCUUCUUCUAGCCGAAAGGGAUUUCACAAAUAUAACGGUAGCAGCACCUGUACAGGCGGCAGUGGUGGAAGUACCAACUGAGCCAACAGGCUUAGACCUUAAACUAGCUAAGGUUUGGAGCAGCCUGAGUAAAGAACUGGUAGGAAUUAUUGGAAUAUGUGGGAAGGAGGGAGCUGGGAAAACUACACUCUUGAAACAAAUCAACAAGAAGUUCCUCAAUACUACUACUACUACUACUACACCCAGUGGUUUUGAUGCUGUGAUCUUUGUCACAGUAAGUGACAUGAGACUUGCAAAGGUCCAAGAAGACAUUGGAAAAAAGAUAGGAAUUUCCGAUGAAAAAUGGAAGAAGAAAAACAUUGAUGAAAAAGCUAUAGACAUCUUCACCGUACUGCACAGAAAGAAGUUUCUGUUGUUGUUAGAUGAUAUAUGGGAGCCAGUGGACCUUGCAAAUUUUGGGGUUCCUCUUCCAAACAGAGAAAAUGGGUCAAAGGUAGUAUUCACAGCCCGUAGUGAGGAUAUCUGCAGAGAAAUGGAAGCGCAAAUGGUGAUUAACAUGGCGGAUUUGGCAUGGAAAGGCGCUAUUCAGGAGAAGACCAUCAGUAGCCCCAUUAUAGCUCAGGCCAGUAGUAGGAAAUAUGAUGUAAAACUCAAAGCUGCUGCUCGUGAUUCUUUCAAGAAGAAACGCGAAAGUGCUCUUAGGAUCUUAACAAGAUCCUCCACGAGGAUGUCAGAUAAGGGAGAAAUAGUGGAAGAUGAGGCUCAACCCUCAACCUCUGGUUUACAAGAUGAGCAAAAUAUAGAAGAUACUGAGGCACUUGUCGACCUGAAGCACAGGUAUGAUAGUUUGCUCAAUGACACAGUCAGAUUUUGCUUCUUGUAUUGUACUUUGUUCCCCUCGGACUUCAGAAUCUCGAAGGAUGAUCUGAUACAUUAUUGGAUCUGUGAGAAAUUUGAGGAUGGUUACAGUGGAGUAGGCACCUACAAUGAGGGAUGUUAUAUUAUUGAUAUUCUUCUUCGUGCACAAUUAUUAGAAGAUGAAGGCAAAUAUGUAAAGAUAUGUGGCGUGAUUCGUGACAUGGGUUUGCAGAUGGCAGAUAAAUUCUUGGUGCUAGCAGGUGCUCAAUUAACUGAAGCACCGGAGGUUGGAAAAUGGAAGGGGGUUAGAAGGAUAUCAUUAACGGAAAACUCUAUUCAGAGUCUAAGAAAAAUACCUGCAUGUCCUCAUCUUUUAACUUUGUUUCUAAGUCGCAACCCUUGUUUAGUUAUGAUCAGUGGGGAUUUCUUCCUAUCCAUGAAAUCACUAACAGUCUUAGAUAUGUCAAUGACAAGCAUACAGGAAUUGCCUCCUGAGAUUUCAAACUUGAUCUCAUUACAAUAUCUUAAUUUAUCCCAUACAUCAAUAAACCAAUUGCCAGCUGAGCUAAAUACGUUGACAAGAUUGAGAUAUUUAAACCUGGAGCAUACUAUUUUCCUUAGUUUGAUUCCAAGGGAAGUGAUAUCUCAGUUGUGUUUGUUGCAAAUUCUGAAGUUGUUUCGCUGUGGUUGUGUCAAUAAGGAAGUGGAAAAUAAUAUGUUGUCUGAUGGUAAUCUUCACAUUGAGGAACUGCAACUUUUGGAACAUCUGAAAGUACUGAGCAUGACAAUCAGGCAUGACUCUGCUUUUCAGCUCUUGUUUAGCACUGGCCAUUUGAGGAGAUGUACACAAGCUCUAUACCUUGAGCAUCUAAUUGGGUCAGCAUCUCUCAACAUUUCAUGGUCAGAUGUGAAUCAUCAGCAUAAUAAUGAAUUGGAAGAGUCGACUCUUGAACCGCAACUCAGCUCUGCCAUUUCAAGGAACAUUUGCUUCAGCAGCCUUCAAGAGGUGAGAGUGGAAAAAUGCUUUGAUUUGGUGGACUUAACAUGGCUUGUUCUAGCUCCAAAUUUGAAGAUUCUGGCCGUUACAACAUGCAGAAAAAUGGAAGAAAUCAUCAGCAGUGGGGUACUGGGACAAGUUCCUGAAGUUGGCAAGAGUCUCAAAGUUUUUGCAAAGCUUCAAGUUCUUGAACUACAAAAUUUACCACAAAUGAAAAGCAUAUACUGGGAAGCAUUGGCAUUUCCAAUUCUAGAGAAAAUUGAGGUAUUUAACUGUCCAAUGCUGAAGACACUUCCGCUAGACUCUAACAGUUCAAAGGGAGGUAAACUUGUCAUCAAUGCUGAGGAACAUUGGUGGAAUAAUGUAGAAUGGAUGGAUGAUAGUGCUAAAAUUACCUUCCUGCCCUGUUUUACAAGUUUUUGAAGGAAAAGAAAAUUGCUACCUCAAGCAAGUCAUGAUUUUGGUGUUUCUUACUGUUACUAUAUAUUGCUUGGUGUAUCAUUGCUUCACAUUUGAUGUUGGUUGUAUUGCUGAGCUUUUCCUCCUUUUUUUUAAUCAAAUUUUUAUUUUUUUUAA